CCUCGGCGCCCGGCGUCCACCUCCCCGCCCUUCUCGCUGCCUCGGAGUUGCGGCGCGCGGGGCAGAGCCCGGCAGCAGCGGGCAGCGCAGCCCUCCGCGCCAGCCCCACCCGGUGCUCCGGCCCCGCCUCCAGGAGUCGAUGGCCGAGGCGGGCUCGCGUCCCGCGGGGUCCCCGGGCGAUCCGGCCAGGCCGGCGGCGGCGGUCUCAGUCCCCGAGCCCGAGGCGUCCAUACCGCCGCCGGCGCUUGCCCUGCGCUGGCUUCCCGGGGACCCGAGCCCCCGCGGCCGCUCGCAGAGCGACCUCUCCUCGUCCUCGAGCAGGGGCCGCCCGCUCCGGGUCCACAUCUCCGGCUCAGUUGAUGGACUGGACAAAGCUUCUAUAGCAAACUCAGAUGGCCCCACAGCAGGUUCCCAAACCCCUCCCUUCAAGAGGAAGGGGAAACUAUCCACCAUUGGUAAAAUCUUUAAGCCUUGGAAAUGGAGGAAAAAGAAGACCAGCGACAAAUUUAGAGAAACCUCAGCAGUAUUAGAAAGGAAGAUAUCCACCCGACAAAGUAGAGAGGAGCUGAUAAGAAGGGGAGUUCUUAAGGAAUUGCCUGAUCAAGAUGGAGAUGUAACAGUUAACUUUGAAAAUUCAAACGGGCACAUGAUACCCAUCGGAGAGGAAUCUACCCGAGAGGAAAAUGUAGUAAUACCUGAAGAAGGUAAUGGCUCUGUAUCUGAAAAAACACCACCUCUGGAGGAAAAGGCAGAAGAUAAGAAAGCUGGCUCCUCUCAUUCAAAAAAACAAACUGGCUCUAAAGCAUCAGCUUCGCCAUCCACUUCAUCCACCUCAUCUCGUCCCAAAGCUUCAAAGGAGACAGUUUCUGGCAAAACAGGGACAGCGGGGACCACCAAGGGCAAGAAAAAAACUGGCAAGCAGGCAACGACUUCUCACCUGUCCUCAGACACAACCACUUCUGGCACAUCCAACCUGAAAGGAGAGCCUUCAGAGACCAGAGUGGAGAGUCUCAAACUCGAACAGACUGUCCCUGGAGCUGAGGAACAGAACACAGGCAAAUCCAAGUCCACGGCCCCUCCAUCCCCUGUGGCUCCCGCACCUUCUCCUCCCGCCCCUCCUCUCCCUCUUGAAGACCAAUGCAUUACUGCCUCAGACACUCCAGUUGUCCUGGUCAGCAUUGGGGCUGACUUGCCCGUCUCUGCCUUAGACCCAAGUCAGCUUCUUUGGACUGAAGAGCCGAUGCACAGAACCACUCUCCACCCAGGCACUGACUUACGUGUUAACAGAGAAAAUGCAAAAUGUUUCACAACCAAAGAGGAGCUGGGUAAGACAGUGCCUCAGCUGCUGACUCCUGGGCUGAUGGAUGAAUCUUCAGAAUUCUUUAGUGCCUCAGAAGACGAAGGCCAAAGGGAAUACCAAGCCAAUGACUCUGACUCAGACGGGCCUAUCUUGUACACUGAUGACGAGGACGAGGACGAAGAUGAGGAUGGCAGCGGAGAAAGUGCUUUGGCAAGUAAAAUCCGACGGAGGGAUACUCUUGCUAUCAAACUUGGCAACAGACCAUCUAAGAAAGAAUUAGAGGACAAAAACAUCUUGCAGCGUACAUCUGAAGAAGAGAGGCAGGAAAUCCGACAACAGAUUGGAACCAAGUUAGUCAGGAGGCUGAGCCAGAGGCCCACGUCUGAAGAAUUAGAGCAAAGAAACAUCCUAAAACAAAAGAAUGAAGAAGAGGAACAAGAAGCAAAAAUGGAACUUAAACGCAGACUCAGCAGAAAGCUCAGCCUGAGACCUACGGUGGCAGAGCUACAAGCUCGAAGGAUCCUGCGAUUUAACGAGUAUGUAGAAGUCACAGAUUCUCCCGACUAUGACCGCCGAGCAGACAAGCCCUGGGCCAGGUUAACACCGGCAGACAAGGCAGCAAUAAGGAAAGAACUAAAUGAAUUUAAAAGCACAGAAAUGGAAGUUCAUGAAGAGAGUCGACAGUUUACAAGGUUUCAUCGUCCAUAACGAAAUGUGAGACUAUUUGGAAACAGAGACUGAUCAUCUUUGGGGGAAGCCUUGCUUCCUGAAAACCUGAUAUUGCACUGGGAUUUGAAUGUGUGUGUUUCCGUUUAACUUGUGGUGGAGGAAGUGUAUGACUCAGCCUGGUUGGGAAGUGCUCCUCACCUGUGCAGCCCAGAUGGCUCCAACAAGCCAAGAGAAGGAUGCAGGAACCCUUGCUGCCCAGAAUGCACAGCGAUGGUAAGAGACAUCGUGGCCAUUCUUCAUCAGAAGCUUUAAUCAAAGAAGAUGAGCGGAAGACAAUCGCUGGCUCCCUGUUACCAGAAAGCCAAAUUUUAUAAUGUGGGUGAAAGAAAAAUACGGAGUAAAAUUGCUGGGCAGUGAAAAGGGAUGGGAGUUGAAAAUCAGAAAGAAAGAGAAAUAUUUCAUUAUGUUAAUGAAGAAAAGAGAAAAUUGAAGCAUAAAUGUAUUUUUGAAGUAGUUAUUCAGUAACUGAGAACUUAUUAAGGGAUUUAGGAAUCUAACCUCCAGAUGUAGAUUCCUCAAAGACUUAAUCCGAGAAUAUUCUUGUUUCACCAUUACGUUGGUACAGUAUAGUACCAUUAUUUUAUGUUGUGCCAGUGAAUCCAAUUGCCAGAAAUAAGUCUGAAUGUUUUCAUGCAUCUUUUUCUUAAAUGCAAGAGCUUCUACUGACUCUUAACAAGCAUGCUUACCCAAAUUUUGUUGCAUGCUUUUAAGUAGCAUUAGCUAUACACACUUGACAUUUUUAAAUAUUCCUUUCCUAGUGUACCAGCCUUCACAGGAUAAGAGGACUGGGAAUAAAGUCAGAUGUAAUGUGACCCUAGAAAACUGUAGCAAGCUUCAAAAAUAAAUCUUUUGAUCUUUCCUUAUCUCGAUUAGAUCCAAAGUCAAAGCAACCAUACUUCGCCUAACAAAGAUAGUGUUGACAAUCAUGACACCUGUUUUAAAAACCUGACUCCAAAAUGAAAACUUAAGCAAGAUACAAAUAUGCUGCCUGCAGUAGUCCUGCAUGGGAAUAAGGACCAGUUAUUUUUUAGGGCUGCAUUUUUUAAAAGUUGGGUUGCUGCUAUU